CAAAAAAUAUCGUGCAUGUUGUUGAGCAGCUUACAGAAGAGCAAGAAGAGGAUUCAGAAGGAAAUACAAGCAAAUCUGCAAAUGAUAUAAUCGAAACAACUGAUAAAAUCAUUUGCAAACCUUCAACUUCCGCUUUAUCCCGAAAUCAAACAUCAUUAGACCGUGUGUCACAAUCGUCAGGUAUCACUUCAUUCCAGGCUCAUCAACCACUUCCAUUUAGCGUGGAAUCAUUAGCCACUCCAGCUCCAAAACAUCAUGUCGCAGUUACUGCUGUGAAUUUGAACUGCUCGGAACAUGGCAGUAGUCCGGAAUCACGGACACCGCAAUCACCACUUUCCGUCGAUUCUCAAUCAUCUCAUACACCACGUGGGAAAUCUCCCGUUGUACAAUUUUCAUCAUUUGGUGUUGGAGAAUUUCGAAGUCCAUCGAAAAUUCCGUAUUCAUUAUCAACAUUCUCAGCCGGAUUCAAGAAUCGAAAUGGUACAAUUAUUAUUGUAACAUGUAUUUUUAUAAUUCGAACUACUCAAUAUAUGAUAAGAUACUGUGGGAUUUUUGGGUUAAGACCACAAUCCAGCCAUACUUGA